GUUUUUUUAUUAUUGUUAUUUAUUUAUCUGCAAGAGAUUGUCAAAAAAGAAACACCUAGAAACACUUUCUUUAAAUUGAAAUAGUGAGCUGUUUAUUGGAGUAUUAUUAAUAAUUGUUUAUUUAUAAAAACAUAAUGGCAAUAACAAAUUUUAUGUCUGCAUUACGUGCAUCAAAAUCAUUGAAAACAGUUAAUAUUAAUAAUGAAUUAUUAUCAAGAAGAAUGGCAAUAACAACACGUUCAGGAGCAAUAUUACCAGAACCAAGACCACAACCAUUUGGUAUUGUUGGUGUUGUAUUUGGUGUUGUAUUUGGUGUACUUAUUGGUGCAACAAUUAGCAAAAAUAUUGCUAAUUUUUUGGAAGAAAAUGAUUUAUUUGUGCCUUCUGAUGACGAUGAUGAUGACUAGGUUUUGAUAAAUAAUAUAUAUUUAUUAGUAAUUUAUCUAAAAAUGAUUAUGAAUAUUCACAUACAACCAGAGCCAUUUUGGGAAAUACUUCAAGAUCUAUACAUUUUUUUUUUUUUUAAUUUCAUUCUAUUUUUGGAAAUGAGAAAAAUUAUCUUAAAAAAAAAUGUACUAUUGUUAUUAAGUUUAUUAUUAAUUGUAUUUUUUAUUUAUUAUAAUUUUUUUUUUUGUUUAAAUACUUUACUGUAAAUAAUUUAACGCACAGAGAAAAAAAAAUACAAAAUAGUCAAUGUUAUUUUUUUUAAAUGUCAUGAUCGUUUUUUUUUUUUUUUUUUUGCAAUGUAAUAAUAAUUUAUCGAUAAAUAAUGUAACAUGAAAUUAUAAUUGUUAGAAACAUAAAUAUUUAUAUAUUAAAAUUUCUUGGUACUUAGUAAACAAUAAACAAUAAAAUUAUUGAUUUUAAAUUAUAUUUUUAUUUUUUCUGUUAUUCAAACAAUGUACAACAAUAUUUCAGUCAUGUCAGAAUAAAUAAUUAUAUACGAAAACAAACAAAAAAAA